CAACCUCCCCAUCACCUGCUGUCCUUGCCGACGUGCCGUCGGCGCCAUGCCGGCAGCGGUGAUGUCGCAAGCUGGGGGAUUCCCAAGGGCAGAAGCUGCACAGGGGGAAUGGGAUCAGUUCGUGAUUCAAAGCUUCAGGCUGUCGGGUCUGGUGGUCCUUGUGGGCUUCUUGGUGUCCAUUGUGACGCUGUUGGUGAUCUGCAGGGUACACAUCCGAGCACAUCAUCAGACGAAGCCCUGCCUGAUGUUCUCGUUGCUUCUACUCGUGAAUCUGGCGGUCUUCGGUGGGACUGGGCUCCAUCAGAGCUUCAGCUGCUGGUUUCAGGCUGCGGAGCUCGUGAAGGAUUUAUCCGUGGAGCUGGAAGAUGUGCAGGACAUGGCAGAAGCGUUGAACAUCUCAAGUGUCUCCUUCCGGAACAAUCUGGACCGGCUCUACACGGAAUGUCCCAACACCACACACGAAUUCCUGGGGGACUCGGUGACGCAACGGAAGAAGGAAGCAGAAGAUGCGCAGGCAGCUGCGCUGGUGACGCUGGAGCAGCUGGAGGGCCUUCCGCAGUGGCUCAUGCAGAGGAUGAAAGAUGCCUUCUCCAUCGCGAUGAUGCUGGUCAUCAGCUUCAUCAUGCCCUUGGCUUUGCUCCUCAUGUGCUACUGUGCUAUCGCCUUGUUGAUUGGUGUGGCCGAAUGCGCUGGCCCCAACUGCAUCAGAAGAUGCAACUGCUGUCAGAUCUCCUGCUUGACGGCCAGCUGCAUUUGUCCCAGCAUCGUGGCGAUCAGCCUGGUGGUGGCCUUCGAGCUAGGCUUCAGUGCGAUGACCUCGGCCUUCUGCGAGAAUCCCAAGCUGGUGACCUUGAGCUACAGCGAGGCUGCCUUUGGGCAUGAGUCACCACAGCUGAUUCUGAGCCAGCAGUAUCUGGAUGAUGCAACGGCCAAUGUGGCCCUGAACGACUUGAAGGUGAUCGAAAAUCACUACACUCUAUGGCAAGAGUGGGUGGGGACCUACGGUGAGGCGAUUCAAAGAAGUUGCCCUGCCUGGGACGCUGCCAACGUCUCCAGCAAUGUUCAGACAAUGCACGCCGGGCUCCAGACCUCCCUUGGCAUUUUGGAACCUGAGCACUUGUAUCCUUACUACAGCUAUACAGUGGAAGACCUCCUUUGCCGCAGUUCUAUCUCGAAGAUCACAGUUUUGAUGAUCUUCCAGUUAUGUCUUGGAUUGGUGGGUCUUCCAGUUCUGGCCUGUUCUGCCAGUUGUUUUCUGGACAGCUUGCUGGUGGAGAGGAAGGGUUUCGAUUUGCUGAGCCAGGAAGAUGAUCUCCGAGAAGAGAGGAGUUUUACGCAAAACUUGAGGAGUUUGACGCAAAACUUUGGUUGGCUUCCAUGGCGUAGUUGGCAAGGCUAGCCUCCCAGAAACUUGUCUGGUGGGAAAAUCCGGC